CGAUUUUUAAUGGAAUGAAAUGAGAGACUUCCGGUUGUCAAAUGGCUUGUGGAACGUCGCCAAAUAUUGGGUUUUAUAUGAAUGCAGGAAGAUCGAGCGAUGAUUAUACAGAUAAUACAAUCUUGGAAUGUAGAGUUUGCAAUGAAGUCUUUCGUUUCCAAGGCGACAAGGUCCCCGGACUGUUGGUCUGUGGUCACACAGUUUGCCACCAGUGUCUGACGCGCAUUCCCCUCCAUGGCACCAUGCUCAACUGUCCAUUUGACCGACAACCAACACAGAUUGGAGACUCGGGAGUCUGGGGGCUGAAGAAAAACUUCGCUCUCCUUGAACUUUUGGAGAAACUCCAGUACCCAGUGCCAGGUCAUACAAGCAAGACAAGCUUUACAGAGGAGAGUUUGGCUAAAGAAAGACAGUUUGGUAUUCCCUGUGAUGAGAAUGAACUCCAUACCGCCAUUGUUUUCUGCAUUGUCUGUUGCACCCACUUGUGUGUGGAGUGCUCGGAGCAAACUCACUCAACAAGAACACUCACCAAACACAAGCGAGUACCAAUCUCGGAAAAGCCCAGGGAGAACCCAAAGUGCUCCUUCCAUCCGAUGCAUCUGGUCGAGUUUGCCUGUCUUGAGGAGGAGUGUAAGAAUUCACCUCUGAUGUGUUACAUCUGUAAAGACUACGGGAGGCAUGUCAAACACAGGCACACCCUUCUAGAGACAGAAGCAGAAAAUGUCAGACGAUCCAUCACCAGUGCUGUCCUUCACAUUCGUUCAUUCGGCGAAGAAGUUGCUGAGUCAGCAAGGAAACUGGGUCAGACCAUUCAGCAGAUCGAAGGGGGAGCACAGGUUGUUCAGAGUGAUGAAGGGUCCAAUGCAGUUCAAGGGGUUCAGGGAACAGCAGAACUUGCCCGUGGAAAAAUCAAGGCUCAUUUCGACGAGCUACGCACAACACUGAAUCGACAGGAAGUUAUUGCCUUGACGACGGUGGAUGCUCACAUCCGAGAGAAGUUGUGUAUGCUGAGGCAACAACAGGAGGACAUGGCGACGCUUCUGUCACAGGUGUCAGCUGUGUGUCAUCAGUGCGAGGGAACGCUUCAGCAGGAUGACACAAAAGUUCUGAUGGCGAAGCAUGAUGUCCAGAUGAUGCUGGAGACGACCCAGAAACAGCAGCAGCAGUUCUCUGACAUACCCGACCAGCUUCCUCUAGAUCCCAACAUCCCCAUCACCUUUACCAAGGACAACAGAGUACACAUUGGACCAAAAAUCGAGAUGCGAGUGGUUAUCUUAGGAUUGGACGAAGCAGGAAAAACCAGUAUUUUAUUCAAGUUGAAGGAGAAUGAGUUUAUCACAACCAUACCUACCAUAGGCUUCAAUGUGGAAACGGUAGAAUACAAGAAUGUCAAGUUCACCAUCUGGGACGUCGGCGGACAGCAGAAAAUCCGACCACUGUGGAAACACUACUUUUUCAAUACUCAAGCUGUUAUAUUUGUGGUGGACAGCAGUAACAGGGACCGUCUUGCUGAGUCUUGUAAUGAGCUUGCCAAACUCGUCCAGGAGAAGGAGCUCAAGGAAGCCUCGCUGCUCAUCUUUGCCAACAAACAGGAUGUAGACAACUGUAUCAGCAUAGAGUCAAUCACGGAGAACUUCGGUCUGUUCAAGUUGUGCUGUAACAGGAGCUGGCACAUCCAGGCGUGUGAUGUCAAGAGUGGGCUUGGGCUUCAGGACGGCAUCGAGUGGUUGUCGCGGCAGAUGGUGGCAGCAGGGGCCUCAGAGUUCGCAUGACAACCGCAGUGACCUCAGUGAAAGAGAGCUGUGAUCUACUUGGCCAUUCAAUAGCCAUGGCUUUUUUAUGACCACAGCUCCCCUUUUUGUGGGGGAAUCGUGGUUGUGGCGGUAGUUUGUGGCAGUCAGGACUGUGUUUUACAAAGAAAAUAACAAUUUACUAGUAAUAAAAUGUAGUGAUUCAUCACUUUCAAAAUAAUUUACUUCGUUAAACAAGUUCAAAUGUAAAAAAAACUUCAAAUCAUUUGGAAUAAUUGUUAGUCUUGAAGAUCACUCAAUGAGCAGAAAAGCAUUUUUUCAAAUUUAUUUUAAGUUUUAUAUAAAACUCAUCCAAGUGCCUCUGAUUUUGCUUGAUCACAGAGCUCAAUGUAUGACAACAACAGCUCCCUCUAUGAGAAAGAGUGCACAAAUUUGUUAUUUUGUUAUUUCGUAUACAGUUGUUGGACUUGUUAUUUUGUUUUUCAGUUGUUGCUUGAUUUUUUUUACAUUAUAUGUGUACUAUAUCAUCAUUAAAACAAUCAAAACUAUU